GUUCGGCCGAGUUCGGUCCUGCUCGCGUACAGUUAUGGCAAGGGAACGUCAGUCACUCUUCGGCGCUCGCGCGGAAGAGUCUGUACGCAUUAACGGUAGGGGAUAUCGUUGCUCCUUGUGGAGUGUUUAAUAUCUCGUCGGUGUUUUUUCGUCAUCCAUCCCCAGCGACGUGUAUUUAACUCGAUCGUGGUGACCGGCGCGAUUUUAAAACCGUGACGUAACCUCGCGACGUCUAAAAGUGUCGCGGGAAAAAAAGCCGGUAGGUGACGGCAGAGCCGCGUGUGUUCCUCGCUAGAGUGUGUUUUGUACACGAGUUUUCGGAGCGAACGAACGCGAGUGGUACGAGGCUGUUUUCUGCGAGAAAAGGAGUCUCAGAGAGAGUCGAAAAAUCGGAACAUCCUAGAGAGUGAAGUGGAAGAGAGAAAAAGAGAGAGAGAGAAAGGAAAGCGAGAAGCCGAAUGAAUCGAACAGAUACCGAGUCGUUACUCGUGCCGGCGCUUUGACGUUUCGUCUUUCGUUCCGUGAUUACAAGGAUUCUCGGCUGUCACGUUCCACGUAUGAUGGAUGCUGUCGCGCGUGUCUCGUGUACGCGACGCUAUCAAGAACAGACAGAGCGUCGAUACGCACAAGCAACGGCGUUGCAGUGAGUUUCGUUGUCCGUACUAGCGCUAGUGGCAAUAACAACAACAACAACAACAACAACAACAGUAAAGCCGGUAGUGCAGCGAGAUAUAUCGGUCUCACGGCUCGAAGCAACGCGGUUCGUGGUGUUUGUGCGCGCGCGGAAAAAGGAAGCGGUUUGGAGCAGCAGGUCCCUCUCUAGUUCUCGUCGAACAGAGUCGCCCGUUAACCUCUCUUGUCGCUCCGUAUCGGUCCCUGUCGGUCAUCCUACUACGGUGACGCCGUAACCGUCGGUGUUUCUUCGAUGAUAAGCACGUGUGCGUGCCACUACCUGCUGCUGCGUGUACGUGCGUGCGUUAGAGUCACGUCGAGUCGCGUAUCGGCGUGUAGUUAGUGAACGCGCUCCGUUACCAUCUAAGUCCUUCGUAUUACCAGCCACUGAGCCCGCGUAGUUUUGUUCUUUUGUUAUUCUUGUUGGUUGAUUUGCUUCGGAGCCAUUUCAUUUCGUUGUGCCGGAGCCAGUUACGAACGGAUCCAACCGCCGUAACCAUGGAUAUCCUGCCGAGCGGGAACAUAUUUAGGGAGUUGCAAGACAUACACGACACCGGAUACUUUUCGGCCCAGCCGUCGCUCGAGGAUCAUUGGCAACAGGUAAGCGCUAAUUUUCACCGGUCUAAAUAUUUUCCGAGCCGUGGCUGUACCCCAGGGGUUGCCGACGAGAGGGUCAUAUAACCGUGGCAGAUAAGAGGACGUCGAGAAUCACAGACAUGCUACGAGAUGGAGAGGUACCUGAAGGACGAACCGAAGCUACAGUCGUACAAAAAGUUGCCCACAGAAUUGGACACUGCACCCUGGAACCUCUUCAGGGCGCCUCCAAUCUCGUGGACAGCGUCCACCGGCACCGCCAACGCACAAUUCGACUCACCAAUCAAAAUGGAGGUGACGACGUCGUCGGAAGACAGGGAAACGCUCUGUUUGGACGACAUAAAAUUCAGUCCCGGCGAUCACAACCACAACGGCCGUGAUAGGGAUCUGGACCGACACCUCGAUUCCCUUUCGACGUCGUCGUCGAGUUCGGCGUGUUCGGGGUUGUCCUGGGACAGCUCGCCCUCCGUCUCGUGCAGGGCGUUCAUUCUCAAGAAAGAGCCCAGCGAGGACCUCGAGGAGGAUGAGGAACACGAGGAAAUCGAGGAAGAGGAGGACAGCGGCUGCGAAAGCGAAGGUCAAAUCCUGACACCACCGUCGAGCCCCGGCUCGGGUCAAGGUCAUUCCAACUCCAGUCACUCGUCGAGUGGGAGUUCGAUGCUCGACGUGCAGAACCUCAACCUUCAUGGAACGGGCGGCAGGAGCGCCAUCGUCAGGGUUACCACCAGCAAUGCUCAGGGUGUCGCAAGACUGAUCUCCGUCACAGCGAAUGGUUACCCAGCGGUCUCUGGCACGCAACAUGCACAUGCAGGUACAACUGCAGCUGCGACCACCGUGGCCAACAGGCACCACGCGAGAAGCCAUGAACACAGUCCACCAGAUACGAAGCGCAGGAUACACAAAUGCCAAUUUCCAGGUUGCAAGAAGGUGUACACCAAGAGUUCACAUCUGAAAGCCCAUCAGAGGACGCACACGGGAGAGAAGCCGUACAAGUGCAGCUGGGAGGGUUGCGAAUGGCGAUUCGCGCGUUCCGACGAGCUGACCCGCCAUUACCGCAAGCACACCGGCGCGAAGCCGUUCAAAUGCCGGCACUGCGACCGAUGCUUCUCUCGCAGCGAUCACCUAGCCCUCCACAUGAAGAGACACGUGUAAUCGAUCCUCUCCGCCAGCGGUCCUCCACACUAGCAACAGUCCAGGACCGACAGACGAAGCUCCUUCCUCCCCGAGGAUCUCCAAGCCCGAACGGGAUCCUCGUGAUCGCGUUUCUUCCAUACCGAUGCACCCGACGAAACACGCGGCAAACCGACCUCGAUCAUCGAUCAUCGACCAUCGACGAUCGUAACGACGCGUCAUUUUAGCGUGGCCGUUUAAAGCCACGUAUUCGUCGGGAUAACGAUCAUUCGACAUCCGACGGCUUACCGUUUGCAGCAAUGAUCGAUGAUCAACGAUAUAAACGGUGGAGAACGUUCACUUCCGGUGGGCCGGUUGUUCUCCAAGACGAACAAGAACCGACCGGACAAGUUUGACGUUCCGUGCACAUCGAUCGACAGAUUGCAAUGGGAAAUUGCAACCGGCACCGCGUGCUCCUCUCCUCGUUGAUCGAGACGAGUUCUUUCGUCGGAAACACGGAAGAAAAAGUUUGCCACGGGGCUCGAAGUACGACCGACGGUACUUAUCAAGCGAGACAGGACGGCAAAAUAUAAAAGACAACCAGUACCAAUUCGAUCAAACGAAGCCUCCGGGAUGAGUGGCUUGAAAACAGCGUGACUCUCGCUCGAAGAGUCUCGUCCGGGACGUUAAUCACUGCCAAUUCACUAAAUUCUAAGGUCAACGCUGUACCGUCGGGACACUUUGAGCCUGGUCGAGGACGGGGAAGGAGCGAACGGGACACAGGUCGGUUCUUUCAGCGACAACGGUGCACGACUCGCGUAGAAUCUUGUAAGUCGUCUGCCUCUCGUAAAACGGUCGAAUUCUCGAGAUCCAUAAAACUGAAAUAAUCGUGAAAAUAAAAAAAAACAGUAAGUGUACGAAAAUUCUAUGGAACAGGAUAGCGAGCAGACGAUGCAUCAAAGGCGUCGCGACGAUGUUCGAAUGAAAAUCAAGGAAUCCCGAUUCGCGAGGACAAUAACACGAUGUCUGUCGGUGCCAAACGUUAUUUCCUUCCCCCCUUGUUUCCUCUUUCUCUCUCUCUUUUCUCUAACGCGUGUAUGUGUAUACCGUUCAAAACACACACUCUCUCUCCUUCUCACUUUUCCCAGCGAACGGGGCUGUUUCGAAGAAAACCGCUCGUCAGUUGAAAACGUGUACGACGCUUUUGAGCCUCGAUCCUACGACGACGAGCAAUAAUCGAAAUUGUGUUCGCGAACGAACGGGACCGUGGAACCGCGAAGGGUCGUCAAAGGGUCGGGGGAAGGGUUACGGAGGAGUAGGACGCGUAAUUGAAUACGUGAUUUCGGCCAGUUUCGACGAAGGCAAAGUUUACCGUGCCGUACGCUAAUCCCGAAUUUACAGUACGAAUUAUAUUCGCCAGGCUCCUCCCUUCAACCCGUUUUCCCCUUCGCUCUGUUUCUCACCCCCUCCCCUGUUUCUUCUCGCGUCCCCGUUUUUACCACGUCCGCGAACCAACGACGAUUCGACCGUUUUAGCAUCGCGACAUCAUCGCAUCGAGUGAUUUUUAAGGAAGAAAGAGCCGCGUCCCUUCGCCACAAGUUCGAAGGGUGAUCCACGACAUCGAAGAAGACAAUGAUCCUCGUUUGAUGAGCGCAGCGAAUCGAAUCCCAGUCCCGAUUAAAUCUUUAUUCCUUAAAAAUUCAACGGAACAAUGCUUGUUUCGUAGUGACGCGCGUCCUAUGGUUUUUCAAACGGACAAAUCUGACUUUGUACUUUUGUACGAUUGCUUUCUUUAGGCAAUGUUUCUAAUCUUCGUUUUACGCUUCGCGUGGUCGACGAACCGCGCGGAUAAGGGCGAGGGGUGGCGACGAUAUCGGGGGCUGACGGGCGAGACUCAUGUCGGAGGCUCAACAGAAAUAAAUGAUAUAAAUAUAUAAAUAUAAUAUAUAUUUUUUAAUAUUCUCGUCUUACUCACCGAAACAAUAUAUUAUUAAUACGUAAGUGGACAAAGUAUAAACGGGCAACAUUCCGCACAAAGCUCUAGAACCGUUUCCACGCGUCGAACCCGUUCGAUCCGACCGCGCCACCCCCUCUCGUACUCGCGCGAACCGGAUGGCAGACGGCGACCGUUCACCACCGACACUCUGCGUCUCUCGUACGUUAAACUUCCGGUCGGAAGACACCGUUGUCUCGUUUGAUCAUCGAUUAACCGCGCGACGUGGCGGUACCGAAAUUCACGCAGGGGGUAGAAACAGGAGACGGGGGGAUUAAAGUGUAAUAAUCAUCGAUAAGAAAAACGUUAAGUAUUCGUCGACGACGACACCGUAAUGGUAACGCGGCGAUAAGUUACCCGACGAUGUAUCCGGGGACUGAACGAAACGAAAGGAUCCGUAGAUCGCUCAUCGAACGAAUGGUGAACAAAAUAGAGUAGUAGUAAAAUAUAGUUAAUAACGUUAAGGGGUAAAUGUGAGAGAGAUAAGAGAAACGAAAUGGAAGGAGUUUACCGCUUAAGAAGACUAAUCUUACCUGAAGGCGCUUUAGCGUACAGAUACAGCCGCCGGUGCUGGCGAGCGAAGAUUUAAACGAAGAUUUAAAGAAAAAAGUAAAUACAAAAAAAAAACAAAGAAAAGCAAAAAAACAAGAUAAUGAAACUAAAUUUUAAAUGUUCAGUGGCCAAAUAAAUUAACUGAUAACGCACGUAGAACGUAAAACGAUACCGUACCUACUUGUAAGUAAGCCUGACUGACUGACGAGAGCGUAGACGCGGUUCUCGCGCGUGUGGCUGCGUUUUGUAUGCGUGCGACAAGAUAAUUCGAUGUUUGUGCACCUGUAUAUCUCUUUAGUUUUCUUUUUCUUUCUUUGCGUCAAUGCAUGGGGGUGCGUCGAGGUGCGUGACGUGAGCGAGUGACCGUCUUAUUUUUUUUUUCUUUUUCCUUGCGAGAAUGUGCUCCAAAUUGAAUCGGGAUCGGGAUCGAUAUCGGGGUUGGGGGUGGGGCUUCGAGAAAUGAAAAAAAAAAAAAACGCAUAAACGAAUCCAUUUCGAGGGAGAUCUAAAGAGAUAGAGAGAAAGAGAAUGAGAGAAAAAUUAGAAAGAGUGUGUGCGAUAGAGAAAUAGCAAAGAACACUAAGUUUGUAUAUUGUGCAAUUUUUGUCAGUGUUUCAUUAUUUGUUACCAUGUUCACGGAUAACUAUAAAUAAAGUAAAUAUAUAUAUGCAGCAUUUACAAGAACUUAGGAUAAGGAGGAUAACGAGAGCCAGAUGUCUUUUUGAUAGCCAUAUAUUACGAGGUAUCGUGAGGCGGCCCUUCCAGGACGCCCCGAACACUCUUCUUUCUCUAUAUUUUUGUUCUUUCUUUUCUUUUCUUUUCUUUGUCUCUGGUAGGCGAGGUGAAACGAGGAUACGAAAACGGUGCUCGUCGCUCGAUCACGACGAUCUCUCGUUACAAGGACCCGUCCUCGUCUUCGUCCCGAUCGUUUCGCCUGCAGGGGACGAAACGAGCCACCCUCCAGUUCCGUUCGAGAUCGACAAAUCCGGAUACAAUCUUUGCCCUUCGUCCCUUCGCGACUGAGAAAAUUGCUUCUUCCAGCUCGCAACGUACGCGACGAUGAUCACGAGCCGAAAAGAAAAAGUUACUCGAACGGCGACGACGACGGUGACAAAGUGAACCAUCGAGUUCGAUAAACGAUCGAUCCUCGCGAUCGCGACGAGCUUUUUCCCGCGUUUCCAUCUCGGCAACCAACGAAACCCUGUAGAUAUAUAAUAUACAUAUAUAUAUAUAUAUAUAUACAUAACGAACGAUCGAAAUGCAACGCGAGUGCAUUGUUUUCAAGCUCGGUACGCGACGGAAAAUUAUGGAAGAAUAAUGAAACUAAGAGAAGAGAGAUGACGUGAAAAGCGGACACCUUAAGAACUAAUAAAUGGUAGUUAGAAGUUUAGUUAGAUAGAUGGAUAGCUAGACCGUUAGAUAGACACCUUUAGAUAGGCAGAUAAAUAGAUGAACGGAGAGAGGAAAGGAGAAAGAGAAGAAAGAAUGAUUAAAAAGAGGUGGGAUUGGGGGGGGGGGGGAUUUAAAAGAGUUAUUAUAUAAAAGAAAAAAAGUCUAUAAAUAUAGAUAGGUGGAUAUACAUAGAUAGAGAUGUAAGUACCUAAGAGAAAAACUCUAAAGGAACCUUUUAGAAGAAGUUGUAUCGUUGUACGAGGUACGAUAUGUGGACAUAAGUGUUUUAUGAUACUCGCGUACAAUAAGGUCGAGGCGAACGAUGAGAAACGGAAUGAAAUUUCAUGAAACUGAAAAGCUGAACAAGCGGGCAACGAAUGAAAACGGGGAAGGAAAUGGGAAAAUGUAGACAGAUCGCGGCACCGAUCGUAACUGUAUUUAAUUGUGGUCUAAGCUAUUUUCAGUCACGUUGUAUAGUAAUUGUAAAUUACAGGAUUUUUCAAUGUAUGAUAGGGAACAGCGUGAAUGAACGAAUGAUGGCACGAAAGUGGGAGGAAGGAAUAAUUAGCUUUGUGCGUUAAACGAAGAUUUUCAAAAAGUUGAAAACGAACAUUUUAGGCGAGGUACGAUUGAGUUAGGUAAAAGUGGAAAAUUGGGAAAGAGGAGAAGAAAGUUUUCUUGUUUCUCGAUAGAAUGUCUCAGUAGACGAUCGGUUUCUAAUUCCGUGAACGGAGAAAGAAUUUCGUUGCUAAUCGGAAAGCGACGAUGUCUAAUUGAAUCAACGAUUAAUUGCCGCGACGUAACACCACCAUUCAUGGAAUUGCGGAAAAAAGACGCUUCGGGGAAAAGAUAGUUUACGUAAAUUGUUUCCCCUCGAUAGUUUCUAACUUUUUUACAAACUAACGCGUACCGAUUUCGAAUUUUACUACACUCCUCGUUGAAUUGAUUUUCCAAAAGAGGAAAAGGAUACGAAACGGGGAGGAAAUUUAAAGCACUACGAAUCGAACUGAUUUAAAGCACUAACGUUAUUUUUAGGGAAUUACGUCUUUAGGAGAGAUUUAAAUUAAAUAUUGAGAGGGGUUAAUGAUUAGUAGACUGUGGAUUUUUAUGCAAAUAUAUUUUCUUUCUCCGAAUAAUUAAAAGUAUCGCUUUAAUUUUACAUGUUUUACAAAUUCGACACAAGUUAUUUCAUUUUCACGUAUAUAUCACGUAUGUUUUACAUUACACUUCUUAUGUUACAAGCGUAUAAAGUUCCGCAGUCUAGUGAUUAGUGUAACCGCUAAGGGUGUGAAGAUUUCCGCGUGAUGAGAAUUUUCGUGUGAGUAUGAGAGCGCGAGAGUUGUCUGAAAGUUAGGAGGAGAGAAAAUAAGAAGAAGAAAAGAAAAAUGAAAACGUGUGAGGGCUGCAACAGAGAGGAAAGGUAAAAAGCGAGGCGAACAGAGUUGCGAGGUACCUAAAUUUUAAAAAGUGACCUUUGGCAUUUAAAGACUUUUAAAAAUCGUGCAACGAGUUAAAUAAAACAAACAAAAAAAAAAAAUAAAAAAAACAGAGGGCGCCGCGUAUUAAGGGGCGUCCGUCCUUCUCCGUGUCUAAUUCAUUCUUACAUGAUGCACGCACACAACAAGAAAUAAGGAACCGGGUACACACGCACAUACGGAAAACACUUCCACUGGGGUGAUAUACGUUCAUCUCUUCAUAAAAAGAAAAAGAAAAAGUAAAACACUGCAACGAUAAACUCAUACACGCACAGUCCGUACGCAAAAUGACGCGUCUUGAUCUCGUCACGAAACAGAACAGGAAAAAUCAAGGAUAACAAGAAAGGGAACUCGAUACAGGUGAAAGAAGAGGGUUGAAAUUCGAUUACGAUACAGAGGGUAGAGGUAGAACGAAGCUUGAAGAGAGGGCAAACAAUGCAUUCCGUUAGAAACUCGCUUUUCACGAGGCACGUAACAACCAACGUGAAGAUUCGAAACGACGAAUUAUCGCAUCGUUGGUGUGCCUGAAGGCCUAACCAGAAUAAAUCGAAUAAAUCGAUCUUGGCCGUGAUUCGAACUUCGGGCUAGUCACCGCGAGAUCGACUCUCCCUUUGAGUCGCAACAGCAGAAUUCAACAGAAAAGAUAAAGGAACAGAUAGUAAUAAUGUGACUGUUUUCAGGUUGGGGAGAGAUCAUCUUGCGGUACGAAGCCGAAAUCAAUCUAAAAAACAAAAACGAUCCAACAGUCACCGCAUAGUCACUGUCGUCAUCCAACACAAUUCAUGGUAGGGUAAUAACAGUAUUUUUAGGGAUUUUAUACAGGCAUACGACCGCGAAUCUGUUUUAACCACGAUUAACUGUCGAUUAUUGACGUUUCUUCUUGUACGUAAAACGAACGGUGUGUUUUCAUUAUUAGAAGUAAUUACAUUUACAGCGAGGAGUGAAUAGGUGGGCGCGCGAGUGAUCAGUUUUUUUCUUGUCUAUGAAAACGAGCGUGUGAUUGGAACGAGGAAAAGGUGGGAAUGAUUGCGGACAAAGUGAAAGUCGAACGAGAGAUCAUUUCCGACCUCGUUUUGUCUACACAUCUCUAUUUGUAUAAUUGUGAAUAAUUAACAUAUUAUGAUAAUGUGAUUUAUUACGUGUGAUCCUUCGAGCGUGAAAACGUGAAGAAACAUUAAACAAGUAUUUUGUAUAACGACAAAAGUUGAACGAACGAUGAAAUAACUGAAAUUGAAAGGAAAAGAAAAUGUGAGAAAUAGUAAGUUAGAGAAAGAAAGACAGAGAGGGCGAGAUUAAGCGAGUGAAGAGUCUUGUAAUCGCAGCUUUCUUUACCGUCGGGGAAUAAGAUUAUAAUAAACGAAGAAUGCGCUUCAGCAGUCGUCGCUCCUUUCUCUCGACGUCGUUUCUUCUUCUUCAUCUUCAUCUUAUUCUACUUUUUUCUUCUUCCGUCGAUGCUGUGUUCUGCUGCUUUCUCAUCUCGGGGUGAUCGAUACCCCUGGAAGCAGAAAAACUAAAUUAUAAUUCUAAAAAACGUAAAAUAGAAUUUUGAUUACGGGAACAUAUAUUCAGUGAACGAUUUCGAGCGAAAAUCAAACGUUUCAAUGCGUUAUCCUGCUGCUUCAGCAUUCUGGAGGUUAUCGAUCACCUCGUCGAGAGGAACAUCCCUCGACACCGCUCUUCUUGGGGCUGUCCAACGAAAAUCGAGCCAACGAACCAUCUCUGGGACCCCGUCGAUAUAUCCUGCCCAUGUAUUCCAUAGGUUGCUUCUGCAAACACGUGGCAAUGUCGAUUGCACCCACACGUACACACGGGGAUCGUGUAGCUCGAUCUGUAGCGUGUACAACAGCCAUUUCGUUUCGAAACGAGCGCGAUUAAGCGGGUACACGUUUUUUAAAUUUACGCGAAAUAGUCGCGGCACGGGUUGGCCGGAAACGGGGUCUCGUCGUUCGAACGGUCUCGACGCUGGAUUUCAGCGAGAAACGAUACGUAUUGUAUACGAUUUACCAGGGAAACCUGUCCUUCGAACGACUCGUAUCGAAGAGGGAAAGAUAAAUAAACGGAUCGAACCAGGAAAAGGCAGGAGCAAAAACGGGCUGGAGAAAAGAAAGAAAGAAAAAAAAAAGAAAAUAUCCUUCCAGAGUAUCGGGACUAAUUUACUAAUCGCGACUUCCAGACAGUCGAGAACUUUGCGCUGAUUUCAAACUCUCUCGAAGACUCGACGUUUUGUACAAUGGAUUAGCGAGAACUCGUGUAACGAGUCCAGUAGGUGAUCACAUGUGAUAUUUGUAUCGGCUAUUAUUAUAUAAAUAUAUAUAUAUAUGUAAAUGUAAAUGUAUAAUUAGAGUAUUCCGUUAGGAUUACCGAUAGUAGUUAGGUGGAAAGAAAAAACUGAGAAAAUAUGAUCAAAUCGUGAAAGAGAGAGAGAGAGAGAGCGUGUGAGGGAUGAACGAAUAUUGAGCCCCAUUUUUAAACAUCGUUCCCGCAAAAAAAAAGAAAAAAAGAAAAAUAAAAGCACUGUACGAAAUAAACAUCGAGCGAAGAAAAACGAAGGGUUCUCCCUUUGAAACGACGAGUGCUCUCGUUUCGUGAUCAACGCCUAAUUACUCUUUAUACGUACGCAGGCCUACAUGCCGAUUCCAAAAAGGACACGCGAGAUUCAACGAGGAAAAGAUGGAUAGGGAAGUGGCACGAAACGUGUGCAAGAUACUUUGGCAGGAAUAGACGAACCACAACAAUAACAACAACAGACUCGCCUCGAAAGUCUUCAAGCACGAGAUACUGUAAUUUUCUACCACGUUCGUCGGUUGUUCGGGAUUUCGAAGGAAUCGAACCCGAACACGGCAGCAGAGCCGAGAAAUAUUUAUCAGUUGCGUCCUACAAUCGACUGAUACACCCUUACUCGUGUUACCCUGCGACCCUUGAAAUUGUCUGGUAAAAGUUACUACCACCCUCUUUUCUGAUCCCUCUCUAAGAAAAUAUUCAUAGACGUUCGAUUUUUGCUCAUCGAAAGGUUGCCAGCUCCGAGUUCCAGUUAACCCUGAUAGAGUCCUGUAAGGUACAAAAAUUCCUUAUCCUUCUGUGAGUUUCUUUAAACGCGUUGACCGCUGCAGUGAAAAGGGUCCGCGUAUGGUCAGACGCGCUAAUAUUAUCGACCGCCAUCAGCAUUCCUUUUACUUUCUUUCUAGUUACCGUGUUAUGUAUCAAUUUAAAAACUGGCAAUUUCGUAGCAGAUGUAGAUUAUAAAAGUUUGUAAAAUUUUCUGGUGAUUCCAAAGAGCAUUGAAAGUUUGAAUCGAAUGUCCAUGAUCCCUUAUCGAGGCCCAACAGCCCCAUUGGGUAGGAAAGCGAACCAUGAACGACUGACGGAGGGAUAAAAACGAGCUAACCAAUCAACAGCUCCACAUUCGUACGUCUAAUUCUUUCCUUUCUUCUUCUACUUCUUCUCCUUCUUCUCUUUCUUCUUGUUGGUUCUGCAGUUCGUUUCCAACUUUCGUCGAGAAAGAAAAAGGAAAUCUCUAUCCGACGAUCGAUUGAAAUACGAGGAAACGAACAAAGAGCCAAGAAGAUUCGUGUAUGAGAGAAAGAUCGCGACUGCGUGCACGUGAAAAGAACAAAGAUGUACAAAGAAGCUUAAAGAUCGCAAAGACGCGUUGGCGUACCGGGUGUGUGCAUGAAAAGGGGUGUAAUAUCUCGUGGUAGCGGCGUGUCGAGAAUCAAAGCAGUUUAAUAGA